GUCAGCACCUUUCACUACUCCAGUGUUACCCCUCUAACCUCUGGCUGUAAAGGAGAAACAAGUGUUAAAGUAGCUCUGAGGAGAGUAAACUAACCUCCAGCAUCCACACGGCAUAAAAGAGGAGUAAAAGAGGAAGCCUUUAUUACAGACACCUUUAUUACAAGUCAAUCAACGGAUGCGCGUUUUCUCCCUUGAGUAAAGGAUUUUGUGUUUGGUUCUGAAAUGGCAGUCUGGUUCGAGUUUACCGCGCACAUGCUUUUUCUAACGCUGGGCUGUUGUCUCGGAGCUUUGGAGAGUCGGACCUCGAGCAGAACCCCAUGGGGCUUGCAGGGACAGGGCAGCGAUGGAACCGAUUCACCGUUUGACCGAGACAGAGCUAAUCAGGAUGUGGUCUCACAGCACAUGUACAGGCUGUAUGAGAAGUACAACAGAGAUCUGAAACGACUCAGAGAGGGAAACACUGUCAGGAGUUUCAGAGCCAGCCAAGACUCGUCUGACCAGAGGACGUUUUACCAUCUGAACCUGACGUCUCUCCAGGACUCGGAGCGCAUCCUCUCUGCCAGGUUUCACUUCUUGUUCGACCGGUGCCCACGGCCAAGGGCCUGGUUCAGCAAAAGCUACAAAAUCCCGGCCUGUCGCUCUCUACACCUCCACCCUGCUCCCUCCAUCCACCUCUUCCUUCACUCCAACCCCUCUGGGUCAGGGUUCCAUCCAAGGUCGCAGGCGUCAUUGCUAGGCAACGUGACAUUUCACCCUAACCAGAGAGGGUUGUGGCAGACGCAGGACGUGACUGUGGCGAUUAAGGAGGCCAGGGAAAAAGGCAGCCAUUUGGUGUCGGUGGAGCUGGACUUUGGGCUGCAGUACCACAGACAGCCAGAGGACACGCUGUCGGGGGCCAGUCUACCUUAUUUGUUGAUGUAUGCAGACGACCAUGCGCUAGAUGAGCCCAACAGUGUGGCACAGACUUUACAGAGGUAUGGCCCUGAGGCUGAGGUGAAGGAAAAUACUUCUCGCCCUUCUCUUCUUCCCCCUAAGCAGGGGUCAAAGGGUCGUGUGAGAAGGGGGGUACCAUCACGCCCAGACUCCAUCCAGAACAACGAGCUACCAGAGGUGGAGUACAGGCCUAGCGGAUCCAGGAAAGAGUACCUGUUUGAAACCGCCACCCUGAAACCUAUCGAUCCCAAGCCUGGGAGGAAGGAGAGGACGAGGAACGGCCAGGGCGGAGAGGAAGAAGUCAAAGAUGGAGAGAGGGAUAGAGGGAGUCAAUCGCCAGUUCUGAGCUUGGACGAGAGGAUCCCAACGACGAGCAGCGAUGGCAGGAGUAGGUUGCAAGACAACAGUGAGGGAAGGAGUGAUGGAAGAAACGAUAGAGGGAAAGCAGGAGGAAGUAAGUCUCCAAUGCUGAGUUUUGAUGAGUGGACAAUGCGUAAGGCGAAGAAGAGACAGCGGGGAUCGGAGGCCCAGAUUAGGAGCUGCUCUAGGAGGACACUCAGGGUGGACUUUGCCGACAUCGGCUGGAGUGAGUGGGUCCUGGCGCCUAAAGCCUUCGAUGCCUACUACUGCGCUGGAGCCUGUGGAUUCCCCAUGCCCAAGGUGCUGCAUCCCUCCAACCAUGCAACCAUCCAGAGUAUAGUCCGUGCGGUUGGGAUAGUUCCAGGGGUCCCAGAGCCCUGCUGUGUCCCAGAGAAGAUGAGCCCUCUGGUGGUUCUCUACCAGGACGAGGGAGUGAACCUGGUGCUCAAGGUCUACCCCAGCAUGUCGGUGGAGAGCUGUGCCUGCAGAUAGACCCAGAGGACAGAGGGGAACAAUGUUAGACAAAACAGGAUGGAAUGGCAGGAAUUUAAAAGGACCCAAAAAGGGAAGUAAAAAAAAGACAGAGAUAUAUUCAUAAAAGGACAGAUGAGUUGAGGUGUCUGUCCGUCUCUUCGUCCCUUGUAUCCCUCAGGCGUUUGACACGGAGAUGGUUGAACGUGGAGAAGCGUUGGAGAAGCACAUUAUCUGUUGUUGCAGCACCAGUCAUGUCCUCCAGUAGCAGUAGACACACACCACCACAAUAUUCUCCACAUCUACCAUACCCUCGACAAAGCAGCAUCACCACUUCAAGGACUACAGGUACUGAGAGAGCUCUCUCCCUCCAAACAACUUUAAUUAAAAUCGUUACGUUCAAAACCAGAGCUGCUUGACUGGCGCUGUGUUUAGUUUUAGUUUUUUAGGCACUGAUCAUGCUUACUUUAAUAUACCCAUUUCAGACAGAAGAUGUGGCAUGUUACCUGUAAAAAAAAAUACACUGAGUGUACAAAACACCUUUCUAAUACUGAGUAGCCCACCCCCUCCUCUUUUUCCAUCAGAACAGCCUCAAUUCCUCGUGGCAUGGACUCUAGGAGUCAAAAGCGUUCCACACAGUCCAAUGGUUCCCACAGUUGUGUCAAGUUGGCUGGUGGAUCAUUCUUGUUACCGACAGGAAACUGUUGAGCGUGAAAAACCCAGCAGCCUUUCAGUUCCAUUCAACAGCACUUAAAUCUUGUAUCUUGCCUUGGGCAUUCCACGUUUAGUCACGGUAAUUAGGCCAAACGAGUAUCCUACCAAACUUGUCCCUCUUAUCACUCUGACAUCAACGCAAAUGUUAUUGAAAAUCAUGAGUAUAACCUACCUGGCUGGCAUGAAAAAGAAACACAGGAAAAGCGAUUUAAAUUCGCGAUUUAAAUGCAUAGAUUACAUGGAUUUUACAUGUUUAAAGACAGGUGCAUGAUAAUGGUCCAUUCUAAAUCAAAACUAAUUUUACACAUAUAUUAUUUAGUAUUUGUAAAGACAAGAUUAAAUCAAGAAUAGUCUGAUGGGUGACAAUAUUAGCCUAUCACUUGUGAAUUAUAUAUAAUCACUUGUGAAUGAUGCCCAGCUUGUGUGCAGAAAGGCAAGAAACAGCGGGGUUUUUUGCGACUUUUUAAAAUCAUAGUCUCACACCUCAUGUAGGCCUAUAUGUUUUGAUAAGGUUUGUAUCACAACUAAAGUAACUUCUUAAAAUUAAGCACAUUAAUUCGCUUCGCACCGGGCGUAGAGCCUAAAUGGCGUACAAACACAACACGUGAGUUUCAAGUUUGGGGAAGAUAAUUUUCACCAUAAAAAAAUGCAACUUUAUAAUAAAAGUAUUACAUGCGUAUUUCGCAUUUGCGGUCACUUUUGAGAAUGGUGUUUUCCCGCUAAUUUAUUGCAUUUUGGAACGUUCGCGCUUAUAGCCUGCUACCGUGUGCGCAUUGCUGAGCUUAUAAUGUGAUGAAGUAGCCUAAUAGUUUAUCAUCAUAUUAAACUAAACGUUCUGAUCUGUUGCUUUUAAAAGUUUUUUUUGAUGCUACUGGUUGUUUUAAUUUGGGAUCUAUCGCAUCCCACAACUUUCCCAGACUAUGUUUGGAAUAUUUAUUUCUCGCAUAGAAUAACAUAGUUCAACUUUUGUACUAUGUGGGAUAGUAGAUUGACAUAGAAUAGUGCAGGGAUCAUCAACUAGAUUCAGCCAUGGGCCAAUUUUUUAUAUAUUAUUUCAUAUAUAUAUAUAUACACACAUAUAUAUAUAAACACUACUGGUCAAAAGUUUUAGAACAGCUAUUCAUUCAAGGGUUUUUCUAUUUUUACUAUUUUCUACAUUGUAUAAUAAUAGUGAAGACAUCAAAACUGUGAAAUAACACAUGUGGAAUCAUGUAGUAACCAAAAAAGUGUUAAACAAAUCAAAAUAUAUUUGAGAUUUGAGAUUCACCCAAUAGCCACCAUUUGCCUUGAUGACAGCUUUGCACACUCUUGGCAUUCUCUCAACCAGCUUCAUGAGGUAGUCACCUGGAAUGCAUUUCAAUUAACAGGUGGGCCUUCUUAAAAGUUAAUAUGUGGAAUUUCUUUCCAUCUUAAUGCGUUUGAGCCAAGCAUUUGUGUUGUGACAAGAUAGGGGGGUAUACAGGAGAUAGCCCUAUUUGGUAAAAGACCAAGUCCAUAUUAUGGCAAGAACAGCUCAAAUAAGCAAAGAGAAAUGACAGUCCAUCAUUACUUUAAGACAUGAAGGUCAGUCAAUACGGAACAUUUCAAGGAACUUUGAAAGUUACUUCAAGUGCAGUUGCAAAAACCAUCAAGCGCUAUGAUGAAACUGGCUCUCAUGAGGACCGCCACAGGAAUGGAAGACCCAGAGUUACCUCUGCCGCAGAGGACAAGUUCAUUAGAGUUACCAGCCUCAGAAAUUGCAGCCAAAAUAAAUGCUUCACAGAGUUCAAGUAACAGACACAUCUCAACAUCAACUGUUCAGAGGAGACUGCGUGAAUCAGGCCUUCAUGGUCGAAUUGCUGCAAAGAAACCACUACUAAAGGACACCAAUAAGAAGAAGAGACUUGCUUGGGCCAAGAAACACGAGCAAUGGACAUUAGACCGGUGGCAAUUUGUUCUUUGGUUUGGUGUGACUAUUAUUUGUUUUUCAACAGGACAAUGACCCAACACACCUCCAGGCUGUGUAAGGGCUAUUUGACCAAGAAGGAGAGUGAUGGAGUGCUGCAUCAGAUGACCUGGCCUCCACAAUCCCCCGACCUCAACCAAUUUGAGAUGGUUAGGGAUGAGUCGGACCGCAGAGUGAAUGAAAAGCAUCCAACAAGUCCUCAGCAUAUGUGGGAACUCCUUCAAGACUGUUGGAAAAGCAUUCCAGGUGAAGCUGGUUGAGAGAAUGCCAAGAGUGUGCAAAGCUGUCAUCAAGGCAAAGGGUGGCUACAAUGUAGAAAAUAGUAAAAAUUAAGAAAAACCCUUGAAUGAGUAGGUGUUCUAAAACUGUGUAUAUACUGCAAAUUGGUCGCAAGAAGCCUAAACCGAUAUAAUAUUUGACUAAAACAUAAUAGUUUCACACCUUGAUUACAUCUGGGAACAUUGUCCUGCGUUGGGUGCUGUCUUUGUAUAGGACGUGAAAAUGGGUGUCUGUGGCAAUUAAAAAUCCCAUGGAUUUGGUAAGAGUAGGGAUGGUUACCCCGGUGUCAUGGCUAAUUUUCCAAACUGUCCACAUUCCAUCAUGGCCACCUAAUCAUCCCCCUCAUUACUAAUUGGCGUAUAUCACUCCUCACCUCUCUACCUGAAAGCUGAAGUGUGGUUAGAGUUCUGGCACAAAAAUGAAAAUUCAACAACAACAAAAAUUUGCUCAGAAAACUUGGGAGACCAAAUAAAACCACCCGCGGGCCACCAGUUGGGGAACCCCAGUGUAGGCAUUACAUGGAUUUAUUGGACUUUAAAAUGUAAUGUUCCAAAGGUCUGCGUCAGUGGCUUCUAGGCUAUGCAUGGAAGCCAGGAGAUGCUAAAUGUGUUACUGUUAAUUAACAGUCAAUUACCAUGAGACCGGCAGUUAUUUGCUCGACAAUCACCGGCUGACAAAUGUCAUGACCACCACAACCCUAGCCUUGCCCAUUCACCCUCUGAAUGGCACACACACAAUCCAUGUCUCAAUUGUCUCAAGGCUUAAAAAUCCUUCUUUAACCUGUCUCCUCCCCCUCGUCUCCACUGAUUGAAGUGGAUUUAACAAGUGACAUCAAUAAGGGAUCAUAUAUUUCAACUGGAUUCACCUGGUCAGUCUAUGUCAUCGAAAGAGCGGUUGUUCAUUAUGUUAUGUACAUUCAGUGUAUAUGGCAAUAUUUAUAUGACCCACUUUCAAACAACCCAUUAUUUACUACUUACUUGCAGGUAUACCCCUUUUAUAUAUAUCAGUGGCUAACUGGCAAAUUAGGAGGGGUGGGGGGUGUUUACGUUUCAAAUUAAGAAGGUAUUAAACAAUGGAAGUGUUGAUGAAUUUACCUGCAAAAAAGCAGAGAACCAUUCACAUAGACCUGAUACCAGUAUGUUGGUUACAGGGUCUGUGAAAUUGCAGGAAUCAGGAGUCUUUAGGUGGGAUUUAAUUUGCCAUGUUGUUUUUUUUACCCCCAUAUCUAUUUUCAGAAACUCAGUAAAGCUAGUAUGAAAGCAUGGCAUGGUAAAAUAGUGGGAUUUUUGUCUGUAUAUGAAAGGGAUUGGAGACAGAGUCCAGGGCCAUGUUCAUUAGGGCACGCCGUAGAAAAAAAAAUUUUCAACAGAAAAUGAAAACAAGGGUUUCUUAUUGGACAAGUUCAGAUAGGACCCCCCCUGCUUCGCUCUGUUUCAGACAAUGUUUAAUGUUCCAUGCCUACUGAGCAGGAACCUGGAUACUCAUUCACUAAUACUGUACAUACUGUACUGUACGUCCCUAUACUUUCCCCUAUCUGAACAGUGCACAAAGGGAUGGAGCUUAUGUUGUUUGGUGUUCAUGUUUAUUUUUAAUUGGCCCAGACUCAUUGGUCGCUCAAGCUCGAAUUACGGUAAAAGACCUCGGUGUUCUAUAUAGGCAGCUUACGAAGUACAUACAUUAAAUACACAGAACGCUUUAAAACAGAUGCAUUCUAGUGGCACUAUGAGGUUAAGCAUACUGUGUACGUACCAUAAGUAUUUGUUUGAGGGACGUUUGUGUUAUGUUGUAAAAAUGUUAUUCUACCGUUUUUUUUCGACUACUAAAACUACUUUCAAGUGAACCAUAAAGAUGGCUUCUGGAAUUCAUUUGUCUUUUUAUUCCCUCCUUAAGAAUAUUUUCAAGCCUGCUAUGUAUAAGUGGAUGAAGAAAGACAUAAAUAUUUUCCUAUAUUGUAUGUGAAAGUAUUUUGAAAUUAAUUUGUCUGGGUUACCAUAUUAUAAAAAUAAAAAAAUCAUCGCUUUGGUGCAAUUUUCACAAGUAUGUGGUAGAUUUUCACAACUCUUAGUAAAAGCCUCAAAACUGAUCAGCCAAAGGCAUUUGUUUCAAAACUCUAAGCACAUUUUUAUUGACCAAGAACAACACAAAUUCAUAGACACUUUUUACCAAAUGUAAUAAGUGUUUCAUCUAGAAAUAUACUGAGCAAAAAUAUAAGUGCAACAUGCAACGAUUUCAAUUAUUUUACUGAGUUACAGUGCGUAUAAGGAAAGAAGUCAAUUGAAAUUAAUUUAUUAGGCCCUAAUCUAUGGAUUUCACGACUGGGCAGGGGCGCAGCCAUGGGUGGGCCUGGGAGUGCAUAGGUUCACCCACUUGGGAGCCACGCCCACCGACUGGGGAAUCAGGCCCAGUCAGGCUCAGUUUCAUCAGCUCUUCGGGUGGCUGGUCUCAGACGAUCCCGCAGGUGAAGAAGCUAGAUGUGGAGGACCUGGGCUGGUGUGGUUACACCUGGUCUGCAGUUGUGAGGCCGGUUGGACGUACUGCCAAAUUCUCUAAUAUGACGUUGGAGGGGGCUUAUGGUAGAGAAUUUUUUUUACCCCUUUUUCGUGAUAUCCAAUUGGCAGUCUUGUCCCAUCGCUGCAACUCCCGUAUGGACUCGGGAGAGGCGAAGGUCGAGAGCCAUGCAUCCUCCGAAACACGAAGCCGCCAAGAAGCACUGCUCCUUGACACAAUGCUCGCUUAACCUGGAAUCCAGCCGCAUGUGUUGGAGGAAACACCGUACACCUGGCGACUGAAGUCAGCGUGCACUGCGCCCGGCCUGGCCUGCCACAGGAGUCGCUAGAGCGCAAAGGGACAAGGACAUCCCGGCCGACCAAACCAUCCCCAAACCCGGACGAUGCUAGACCAAUUAUGCGCCGCCUCAUGGGUAUCCCGGUAUCAGGUAUGACUAUGUCCUGGGAAAUGUUCUUUGUACUUACAACCUCAUGCUAAUCGCAUUAGCCUACCUUAGCUUAACCGUCCCAUGGAAGGGACACCGAACUCUGAAGAAGUUUUAAUCAGCUUCUUAGUAUGCCACGCCUGUCAGGUGGAUGGAUUAUCUUGGCAAAGGAGAAAUGCUCAUUAACAGGGAUGUAAACAAAUGUGUGCACAAAAUUCAAAAGAAAUAAGCUUUUUGUUCAUAUGGAACAUUUCUGGGAUAUUUUAUUUCAGCUCAUGAAACAUGGGACCAACACUACAUGUUGCGUUUAUAUUUUUUGUGUGUUUCACUUUGCAAUACAUAGUCAAAGUAAUUGCUUUUCACAACGUAAUGCUCACAUUACUUUUGACAUGAUUCUCUUAUCUUUUGUUAAAACAGAUUUUAGUAUUACUAAAUCCAACUGCCUUUAAUUGAUGAUCACUUUGGUAAACCUAUAGAUUUUACAUGCAAAUUGGUUUGUACAGAUUUUGAGAGCCACGUGUCUGAAAAAGUAAAAAAUAUAAAAAGUAUGAUACACAGGGUAUUCAGAAAAUAUUCAGACCAUUCUUGACUUUUUCCACAUUUUGUUAUGUUACAGCCUUAUUCUAAAAAAUAC